AUGGCUUCAGGACAGACUCUCGGAUUCAUCGGGUGUGGUUAUAUGGGAGGCGCCGUCCUACAGGGCCUCCUAAACAGCGCAUUCUCAACCAAAUCCGCUGAAACCACACCGAAGCCAAUACUCCACUUCAUCGCGUGCACAAAGACAGCCAAAUCCGCAGCCCGCCUACAGACCACAAUCGCACCGGAACACAAAGAACUCAUUAAAAUCGUCUCCGACCGAACCGUCCAAACAAUGCAAGAAUCUCAUAUUAUAAUCCUCAGCUGCAAGCCCUUCAUGGCAGAAGCCGUAUUCUAA